GAGGGGUACACAGUAUAUCCCAACCCCCCAAAAAAAAAAUAUAUAUGCUGGAUUCGUUUCAGAGACUGAAACCCAUGGCCCGUAUCUGAAAUAGUAUAUUGGUACCAUAGAGACGUAAAUUAGUAUACAUCUCUGUGAUUGGUACCAAUAAUUCAUUGGUGUAGGGGUGGGGUGCAGUGCCACCUUUCAUCGGCAGCAGAAGGGCUCACGUGCCCGGGAUGCCAUUUCCAUUAUCAGCGCAUGCAAUUCUUAUGAACACAUAUUUAAUUGUGUAAUCACAAUUUUGUGCUGCACUCAUUCGAAUUGUGUGGGAGCUAAAUCCCUUGUCUGGUCCCGUCCACGGUUGGCCAGAGGCAGACCGCGUAAUUCGAAUUACCGGUGAACAAAGAUAACUCACAUCAUUCCGAAGAUUAGCAGACAUAUUAAGCGACAAUCAAGCCCCCACAAAAGUUUAAUACGGCCCCAGGGAGUGGGAGUUGAGUGACAGCCGAAAUUUUAACCGAUUAAAGCCUCCAACCCUCUGCAACACCAUGGCAAUGCAAGUGGUUGACGUAGCAGUUCAGAGCUUGGGGAAGAUGAAGGGGAACAUUACCAAUGGGAUGGAUGACAUUCUCAGUGUAGUCGGCAAUUUAGCUGAAGGUCAAGACUCAAUUGACGAUGAGAAUCUUGCUGCCUUGGAGAAGAUGCUCCUAGAUUAUGCAUCAAUGGAACGCACUUUGAAGCAGUUUACUGCAGCUGUAUCUGAUGUGAAAUCACAGUUCUCUGAACUGAGCGAUUCUAACGUCAAGGUGGAAGCUGUUAAGGAACUUCUUGAUGACACCUUUAAAAUCAAGGUCAAGAACAACUCUAAGAGUGAUCUUCAAAGUCAUGAUAAAGUACUGGAGUUUAGGAACAAACUGCAGGAGCUUGGAGAAAGUCAAGAAGAGGAUGAGGAUGAAGCCGGUCCAUCUUCUGUGGCUGACCAGUCACUUGGUGAAGAGGAGCUUGUGAUGACCCAGACAGAAGUCGGUACCAAAUGUCCAUUCACUCAACAGGAGAUGACAAACCCUGUCAGAAACACCAACUGUGGACAUCACUAUGAGAAGCGAGGGAUUGAUGAACUGUUCUCCAAGAGAAAGAGGUUCAGAUGUCCUCUGCCGGGCUGCAACAACAAGGCAUACAUCGUCCCAGAUCACAUGGUACUAGACCAAGCUUUCAAAAAGGUACUUGAGAAGCAGAGACGAGCAAACAAACGCAAACAGGCAGAUAGUAUGUAGACUGGGUCACCAAGUAAAAGCAUCCAGUUCCUUGAGAAAUGCUAAAGAGAUGGAGAAACUUUUAUUUGUUGCAAACAUGGCAGUUAUUUGGAGUUUGAAUAAAGGCCCUUGAGAUUAUAUGAUAUGGGAAGAGAUGAAUUCUGGAAAACAAGAGCAUGUGGAUACUGCACUUUGCUCCUGGUAAAGAAUUAAAAAUUCCUUCCACAUAUUCUAGCCAAAGAGAUGAAGGACUAUCAUGCUCUACAAAAAAGGUAGUUUUCUGGAGUUUGAAAAAAGACAGAGGAAGAGAUGGGAGCAGAAGAAAGCAAAUUGAAGCAUGCAGUUAGAAGAUGUAUAUACAUUGUAAUGUAGGUAAAAAUUGAAACUUCCAUUGCUGUGUGCUAUUGCUAGCUGAAAAAAAAUAUGCAGAAACUGUUAGACCAACCUUGAGCUUUACAAUGGCCUGCAUGGUAGGAGCGAAGACUGAACAAAUGUGAGCAGAUAGGUAAACUAGAUCAACAAAGUAAGGUAAAAUGACUGUUGUUAUACUAAUCCAAAGAUAUAUGUAGAAGUUAUUAUCUCGCAUCAGAUGGAUAGAUACCUUAUUUCGUAAAGACUUACUCUAAUAAUAUAUGCUCAAUUUCUAGAAUAAGUUUACUAUUAGCUGAUCAAUCAAAGGAUCUUAAUAGCUUUUAACUGUCAUUACAAAUUUGUUAUUGUGUAAACAAGUUUUAUGAAACGGGGCCCCUGAAUUUGAAAAAAGCCUUUAAUAAAAUGGGACAAGCAGAAAAGAGCAAACAAAAGCAAGUAGGUACAUGGUAUAAAUCAGGUCACCAAAUAAAAUUUCUAGUGCCACAUACAGGUAGCCUACAUGCUGAUGCAAAAAAUACUUUCAAAUUUGUUCUAAAAAGGAAGUUCUGAUCAUAACUCAUCUAUGGUGAAGUGGAGUCUUCUGUUUUUGUUGAAGUAACUCCUGUAGGAAAUCAGCAGCGCAUCUUUACACCACAAGCCGGAAAUAUUUACAUCUAAGUUAAUCAAUCAUAUUAACUGACCUCGACCAAAAAUACUCUUGGGCCAUUUUGGUUUAAGUGGAGAUAAUGGCUGAGCAGAGAUUCAAACUCUUAACCUCACAAUCAUGAGUCCAAUGCUCUAACUACUAGACCAUAUUGAUUAGAAGCUGAUGAGUGUGUACAAACCAAAGCAGGUAGAUAACAUUUUGGACUGCGCUUUAAUCAUGAAGCUGUCUGUUCAGAAUGUGAUGUGGCAGUAGAGCCAAUGUAAAUCCACAUUGAUUGAAUGAUUAAUUUCUGUUCUGGAUCCAAGGCAAAUUUACUUACAGCCUAAAGUGACUUUUGGGUCACUGCUUUUAAUUACAUUUAAGUGUAAGUUGAUAUACAUGUACAAUAUGUCAAGUUAAAAGUGCAACAUUGUAUAGCUUAUAGUAAGAUUCUAACCCCUGAUUGAUCAAACUACAUGUGCAAGUGCAAGUGCUGGGAAGCCGGGGUCCUUUUUCUUUGGUCAAGUUUACAUCAGCACCCUAAGUUAAAAUAUCGUUACGAGGGCCGUGAUCAAGUGACAUGGUGCGAUUCCAUGUAUCAUUGUCAAUGGGUUUUGACUUGCUUUCAAUUUCUUCAAUCACCCCUGUGAUAGAAGGUAUUACCCUGAGGGUGCAUGCAUGCAAGGGCGGCUCAACGAGUCGUGUUAUUACUUCUGGCUCAAGCUGGCUGCUGUUAGGUCAGGUGCGUGCAGCCACAGGCCUCCAGGCGCCUUACCUAUACUUGUUGAACGCAGCUUGUGUAAAUUACAAAGUAAUUCAGCCAAUCAACUUAAAUUAGAGUUAUGCUUGUGUUCAUAAAAUAGAUGCCAGUAGCCCUUGGGUCUAGAGUUAGUGUAAGACAUAUAUUUAUGAUUAAUGAUCUGUAUAUCAAACAAAUAUGGACUGCUCUGUAUUCGGAUGAAAGGUUGAAAUCACUACAUGGGUGAUUUUCAUGCCAGCCUUUCUAUCACCCCUUGGCCAAGCACCUCGGGAAUAGUAAUUUACAGUCAUCCUCACAAUUACUUAAUAUUUAGAUAUUAAAAAGGAAGUAUUGGGGAUAAUGGUUUUGCAUCUAGGACUCAUUACAGGGGUGUGUUAUUUCAUCAAUUGUUACUAAUGUCAAUUGUUGGAAAGGGUAAGACUAAGAUUUUUGCACUUGCCAUAGAUACACCACUUGUAAGCUAUAUUAGAUGUAAACAUUAAACCUUUUCAUUUUUCUGUUGUAAAAUUGA